CAUAGAAAGGUCACUGGAAAUAAGGAUAGCCUGGAUUUCAUCCUGGAAUCCGAAUACAACCAUCAUAAACAUUUUUUGAAAAAUAAAAAUGAAAUCUGUCUACAGAGAAGAACACUUGACAUCACUGAUGGCAACACCUCUGACCAAUUGGAUAAAGCUUUCAAAAACUCGAACGUUAAAAUUUUGGCGCCAAAUCAUCCUCUAAGAAUUAUAUGCAGUGCUAAUAAAAGAAGUCCUCACAGCUCUAAGACCGUCAUAUCCAGCCACCACACUCAAACUACCAACAAUGGAUUUGCACGUAAACCAGACGGUGGAUUCUAUAACUCAUAA